AUUGAACUCAUCCAUAAAUGCCUCAACAAACGGGCUCCGUGGGUGCUCAGCUGACAACUGCAAAGUGCACUUCCGUAAAUCUUUAUUUGGACAGACGUCUUUUUCUGUUCGGGGAUCAACAUGUGGAACUCAAACUGGACCAUCACUGGGAUCAUUUUAAAUACGUUGAAGCAGUUUUUAAAGAGUGACCAUCAUGUAUUUAUGAAUGAUCUGGUGCUUGUUAUUUCUUUAUAUCAUUAUGUGUUUAUUUUCCCUGUUUUGUAUGUUUUUUUUAGUCUUCAGUUUUAUGUAUUUUAAAACCAAUGUAGGCAUUGCAAACUAGCAGAGCAGAGUACUAUGGAAAUAAACAUUAAAUGACGUAUAAAACCGCUUUAAACCGGUUCCAGAAAGGUUUUAAAAGACAAACUGAUCCCUUUGUUUGUAAUAAUUCAGCUUUUGUUGCCAGAUGUGUUUGUUUACCUAGUAUUUGUAAUGCUUUAACCCUGUAAAGAAAGUCUAAGUAACCCUUUAAAAUGAUAACAAACUACACAAUGCCCUUCCAUUCUUCCUUCCACUCUCUAUGCCUCUCUGGUAAAGCCUUUUAUUGUAACAAACUAUUCUCCUUGGUGUCCUUACACGCCUUAUUUUGGCAAUUAGUAACCCUGUGUGUUUAUCUUCAGCCUUUCCUCAAAGGCACCGCAUGUAAACAACCGUGGGGGAAAUGAAUCAUUGAUGGGAGAACCAUCGGUGCCAUGGCGAGACAGUGUGGACAGGGAGAGGCAGAGGGACACAGAAACCAGAGAUUCAGACGUUGAUGGGACGACAGCAGCUGCAGAGAUAAACCAUCACCACAAGGGGUCAGCAGACAAAAACAAGUUCAAUACGUUCAGCUAUCAGGCAAGUGAAAUGGAACAGGAAGUAUUGACAUUACCAGUGGUGGAAUGUAACUAAGUAUUUACUCAAGUUCAAUACUUAAUUGCAGCUUUGAGCUACUUGUAUUUCCCUUGUGUAUUUCCUUUUAUGCUACUUUAUACAUCUACUUCACUUUUCAGAGAGGGAAGUGUUGCACUUUUACAUCACUACCUUUAUCUUAUCUCUUACUGAUGCACUGUUCAGUGAAAACAAACUCCCUCUCAUGAAGUCUUUAUAGUCUGGGAUUGAAAGGGGCCAUUUGCCAUAAACAGAACUUUUACUUGUGUUGCUUGAUAACACUUCUGUACUUUUACCUCAGUAAGAUUUUGAAUGCAGGGCGUUUACUUCACAUUGAGUAUAAGGUGUCCAAGUGCUUAAAACAACUAGGAAAUUCAGAGGAAAUGUAUGUUACAGUAUCAGUGACACUGAGUACUGCUCAGCUGUAAAACACAAAUCAUGGGUACAGAUGCAUAUAGUCCAGAUUCAUCUCUUGCUCACUUUCUUUCUUAUCUUAGGGAUGUGUGUUGAAAUAACCUUCAAAAUGCACAACUUGAAAAUUGUAUUUUCCCUCUCCAGAGGCGGGCAAAGCAGAAGGGCGUGACUGACUUAGCAACAGUGAGUAAGGGACCGUCUGCAGUAGCCAAACCCAGAGCUGCAAUGAGACAGGUCCUGUUCAGCCAGGGAGUUCCUGAAAAGAACCCGGCAUCUGAGGAGCGAGGUCAGGUGGAUGUGUUGAAGCAGGAGCUGGGAGCCUUUGCUGUCCCCAUCAAUCUUAAGUGGAGAUGGAAGGAAGAAAGUCAAGGAACUACACUGGAGAAGAGCUGGACAGAUAUAGUGCACUCUCAUUCAACGAUGUCUAAGAUGCAGAGACACCAACAGGAGGCGCUGUGGGAGUUUGUCUAUACCGAGCUCACCUACAUCAACAAAAUAAUUAUCAUCAAAGACUUGGUUAUUGCAGCUCUUGUCAACCUCCACCAGCAUGGAUUUCUCCUGGAGGUGACCCCUGAACUACUUUUCUCUAAUAUUGCCUCCGUCCUCACUGCACACCAGCUGUUCUGGCAGGAGAUGAUUUAUCCCAUGUUACAAGAAGUCCGGAGGACAGGCAAGCCCUUUGACCCCAUGUUGUUAGAGGCUGGUUGCCUGCAGUUCCACGAGUGCUUCUCUUCUUAUCAGCAUUACUGUUCGGAGGAGGAAAACAAUCUGGAGUUUACACGCAGGCAGAUGCAGGGCAACCCACAUUUCCUCAGUUAUGUUCAGUGGGUGGAGACUCACCCUCAGUGUGAGCGGAUGCGGCUCGGGGACAUGCAGGUCAAACCCCAUCAGAGGAUCACAAAGUAUCCUCUGCUUCUCAAGGCCGUGCUAAAAAACACCCAGGAUCCUCAUGAACAGCACACACUCAGACGCAUGGUAUCCAGUGUAAACACUUUUUUGCAGAGCAUCAAUGACCACCUGAAACUAAAAGAUGAGAAACACGCUCUCAAUAUUUCUGCUCAGAGGGUGGAGGGAUACGAGGUGGAGCGCAUAAAUGAAGAUAUCGACAAGCAUGUCCGAGAGAUUUGUCAGUUUGACCUAACAUGCCCCAUCAGAGGAGUAGGUCCUAAAGUCGUACGCAAGCUUCUGCUGGAGGAGAACUUGAAGAUUCGGGAGAGAAAAGACAGCAAGCUCGAAGUGGUGGCACUACUUUUCUCAGAUGUUCUUCUAAUGACCAAAGUCCAGAAGAAAGGAGAGCGACUGAAGGUAGUUCGACCUCCUCUGGCCCUCGACAGAACUUUUUGCAUCACACUGAAAGAUGGCUGUUCAUUUGUUCUCGUGGAGGUAGGUGAGCUUCGGAGUGCUAUGAAUGUCUACAUAUUUGCAGCCAGUACCUCAGAGAGCUGCUCCGCAUGGGUCUCCACCAUCAACCAGGCGAAGGAAACACUGUGGAACUUGAGACAGACUGAGAGUAACAGACAACUGGAGAAUUGGACAAUCCGGCAGCUGGAGGCCAAACCUGUCACAGAAGCCAAGACGGAUGAUUUGGAGACAGAAGAACAACCUCUUACGCAAUCAGGAGGAGGGACUUUUGUGGAUGAACUUACUGAAGAACCUAUUAUCCCCCAAUCAAUAAAUGGGAUGUUGGCCUCUAAAGAAGCAGAGGAACAGUAUCAACCUCCAGAUGGUGUGACCACGAACAAUCCUGUUUUAUCUUUAUGGCACUCCCAGCCAAACGUCAAUAACCAUAAACUAGCUAGUCGGCAACAAGCAGUCAAUGGAUACGAAUGGAUAGAAAUGGGAGUGAGAGGAGACAAAAUCGGAAUCCACAGAGAGGAAGAAGAGAAAAGGGGGCAAAGAGUGUGGAACCACAGGGUACAAUCUGCCCCUAAUCUGGAUAAUUUCAGUCAUAGUAUUACAGCUGAUCCAUUACGAGACAAUACUACUGGACCACCUGCUGUCUUAUAUCCAGAUGUUGACUAUCCAACAGAGGAAGAAAGUACUAUAGACCCUCCUGGCCAACCAGCAGUAUUUAGGGAGGAGCCUGGAUAUUUAGGACUACCACAAGAGGGAGGAAUAUCAACAAAUAGGGACUCAGAUUCCCAGUCUGUGAACCAGGACUCCAGGAGAAAUUCUGACUACAGCCAGUCUGGAGACAUGGAGACAUCUCCAGAGGCUUGGGGUUGUUCCAAAAAUUUGAAGUCACCCGGGUUACGCAGGAAGAGGCUAAACAACACCCAUCAAGGCCCCUCUUCUCAGAUGUCUAAUCAAUUCUUCCAGGGCUCAGGACAGACAAAAAGCUUAUUUUUCUCCAACUCAAAUAGCCACCUGAAAAGAAACACUCAUCCAUCUGGCUCAGAGUCACAUCGGGUGCUUAAGCUGGGCUCCCUGAAGCCUAACCAAGGGAUAUUUUUGAACAUGCAUGAUAGAGUCUCUCCAGAACCCCAAACAAUGUCUGAAUCUGAGCUUCCUGAUUGUAACGUCGAUAACAGAGUGAAAACCCGAAGGAGGGCCUCUAUUCCUAACAUCAUCAUUGAAGGAACCCAUGGACUUGGCCUGCACACCAGUCUGUACACGUUACCCCAAGCAAAGGAUGCACCUUUCACAAAACCAAACGGAAACCACUCGGCUCUGGAGGGUCUUUUGGUAAGAGCCAAAGAGAGGAAUGGAUUCAAAAGAGACAGAAAUGUGAAAAAGGCCAAUUUCAGUUCAGGGAUUUCUCCUUCUCCCUCAUUUUCCACCACACCAUCCCCAUCGCCCAGUGAUGGAGACAGAGACACAGAGUGGGCGGUGGAGCUGAUAAGACACAGAGCCCCCACAGUGAGUAAAGGAUGGAAGGAGCAGCUGGUGGACGGAGAUGAAGAUGACAAGAGAAACAGUGGUGUCUUUAUGGACAGAAUAAAUGUGGACUGGUCAGGUUGGUGCUUUGAUGAUGAUGAAGUCAUGGAUCAUGUACCCCCUGAAGGCGAAGGGUCUGUGGAGGGCAUCCGCCGACCUUUGGAUAUCACCAGACUUACAGAGCAAGAGGACGGGGAGUGUAGUCAGGUGUAGCUCUGACGCUGCUCGUCAGAGUCCUGCACUGUGUGGAUCCAAAACGAUACUGCCAACCAACAACCAACUAUUGUGCAAAAUUAAAAAUUCAGUCCGUGAAUGUGAACUACAGAGGGCCAAAUUAACAAGGACGGUAGGCUUUUUCUUUUUUGUUUAAGGAAAAGCUGAAUAGUCUAAAAGACUAAAACAAACAUCUUUCCAGCAGUUUAGCAAAAUUCUAGUUUUCCGUUGACACAAAUGUCUUCAGUCUGAAUUUUUGGCCAAUAAUGAUUCUGUAAUUAAUGUAAAAGUAAUGUAGUAUAUUUUUUUAAAUAGUAAAACAACAUUUGGUUCGUGUUUGUGUAAAUGUAAUUAAACAUUCUUUUUUUUUAUAAAUGACUGUAUAUAAAAUGUACAUCAGUAAUAAUUCCCCCUGUCAUUGACCUGUAAGU